AUGGUGGCUAAUCUAAAAAAUAUACUGAAUUAUAUUUCCAGCAUAAAGUUUUUUUGUUAUAUUGUAAGUACAAAGGUUGAAAACACUCUUGAAAUUACUGGCAGAUCAGAUACCUCCAUUGCGAAGCUUAAAAACUUAAUCUAUGAGAAAAAAAGGCGUGUUUUUAAAAAUGAAUUUGAAGCUUGCGAUCUGAUUCUAUGGAAGGUUGAUAUUUCUGCUGAAGGGUUCAAAGAACAUCCGUAUCAUCAUACAACCACCUGCUACUGUCAUGGAUAUUGUCUUAAAGGGGCUAAUACUUGUGCUAAUAUUAGUAAACCUGGUGAUAAAAUGCCUUUUAUGGAGCGUAACAUCGAUAAAGCGAUUGUAAGGAUUACAAGAAAUAUUAAAUGCCAUCUUAGUAAAUCUAAAUCCAAAACAGAUUAUGACAUUCUUGUGAGUGGUGGAGCUCCUGGAAUAGGCCUCAAAUCCAACAAUCAACAUCUCUUUGUAUUUCUUCAUAUUGAUGAGUUUCAGCUCAUCGAUGAGUGGGAAUCUAACGCAGUUAUGAAAAGGAAAAUGGAAGAAAAACUGCUCUUUAAGGAAAUGAUCAAUGGCCUUGUAUUGUACAUGUUUAGUCCAUCCCAUAUUUUUGUCCAGCCAUUCCUUUCUGGAACAGCACCACAAUUUGUUAACUUUAUGAAAGAAUCAUCAAAGGUUUCAUUUGGAUUCGUCAAUUGCCCACAACUGUCGUUCAAAGCAAUGCUUAAGAUUGCAAAUCAUCAUGCACAAAAAUUUGACGCAGAAAAAUUUGACUGUGAUCUUGAGAAGGUAUUUCAGGUACAAAACGAUAUGUAUUGGCAAUCGUGGGAGACUUUUGUAGCAAAUUAUGAUGCAUUUCGUACAAAUCUGCUGAUAAAAUGUGGAAAAGAAUCAGCGCGUCUGAGUGAGUUAUAUCGUGGUACCCAUGGGACUCAAUCAACAUUAGAUAUUGAGGUGGAAUUGAAGGAACUUUCUGUUUGUUGUGCAAAACAACAAUUUCCAUGUGUAGAACUAACAGAUAAAAAAUCAAAUUCUAUUGAUUGGGUGAAGGGUGAGAAUGUGAUUGUUAAUGGUACAUCUGCUUUAUGGGAGGAUGCAUUCGUCAUCAGGAAAAAAGUUCAAAACAACAAAAAAAACAAAAAAUAUAUUCUAAUUCUUCACCAAUGUAAAUAUUACCUCUCAGGCAUGUACUACACUGCUGAAGAUUUUAAUAAUAAACACCGUAAGAAUCUUUUGGUCUCAGCUUCUACCACAAAAAAGCUUCAGAAUAUCCUUUUCAAACGCCAACACAUAACAGUUGCUUUUAUGAUACAACCAUUUGGCGACCCAAUUUCAACACCUGAUUGCCUCGUUAUCAUGAAAAGCAACUUUAAGUAG